GCAGGCCUGUUGUGUUUGACGAGAGACGCUGCGUGGGGGGUUUCGCCUGAUGUCAUUGGGAAAGAAGCGAGAGCUGCGUUAACACCGCUGUUUCUCAUGCUCCGGCGGCGUCUUCUUGCCUUUUCGUCCCUUUUACGCUCACACAGCGCUAUUGCACCUCCUCAGGCUGGAUUUUGACGUGUUUUGGGGAUGAAGGAGAUGAUGCGGCGGCGCUCGUAUAGAUGCGCGUGCAGCUGAGGAGAAAGAUGGACCGAAACACCGUCGACGAAAACGGCCCGAAACCGCUUUAACACUGUUUCUCCGCCACUCUCGCUCAGAUCUCGCCGUUUAGAGCUUGUUUAACAUGGACGUGUGGACGUCGAGGACGCUAAACAACAAACCGUGAGGCUCUGUAGCCCGUUAGCUCCUCACAGGAGAACACCGCAGUGGAUGAAGAUGGAGAAACAGCCCUGAACUGCUAUCAGGAGGAAGAUCAGGGACUAAACCUGGUCUUAAGGCCGUUUAGGCUGCUGGACUUCUAGCCAUAUCAUAUCAUAUAUAUCAUAUACACCGUAUCAUGCAGCCAGACUUGAGCCCUUAAUCGUUUACUGUGUGAUUUCUAGAGAGAGAGAUUUGCUCCGUUCUUCAGUCACACAUAACCAGAUAACCUGAGAUGGAUAAACUCACCAUUAUUUCAGGAUGUCUCUUUCUGGCUGCGGAUAUAUUUGCUAUAGCAAGCAUUGCCAAUCCAGACUGGAUCAACACUGGCGAGUCAGCAGGAGCUCUUACGGUGGGACUGGUGCGUCAAUGUCAGACCAUUCAUGGACGAGACCGAACCUGCAUCCCCCCACGACUCCCACCAGAGUGGGUCACCACACUCUUCUUCAUCAUCAUGGGCAUCAUCUCCCUCACGGUCACUUGCGGCCUGCUGGUGGCCUCUCACUGGCGCAGAGAAGCCACAAAGUAUGCAAGAUGGAUUGCCUUCACAGGAAUGAUCUUGUUUUGUAUGGCCGCCCUCAUCUUCCCAAUAGGAUUUUACAUCAAUGAAGUUGGGGGACAACCCUACAAACUCCCCAACAACACAGUGGUGGGCUCCUCAUAUGUACUGUUUGUGCUUUCCAUCUUCUUCACAAUAGUGGGGCUCCUGUUUGCGGGGAAAGUCUGCCUUCCUGGCUGAACGAAUGUUCCCAGCGGGGAACAGCUGGGGUGUUCAAAGCGAAAAAUGCAACAAAACGGCACUCAUAUUGGAGCGGCAUCUCCUGGGGAUGAAAUAAUAUAUUGAAAUAACUCCAAGCAACCAAGACAAUUAAUGCACACUACAUAUUAGUGCUCCCCUUUGCGCGACCUGUGCUUCUUUAAAUCCUGUCUUUUUGUUGCACGUCCAGCGGAUUUGGCCAUUGAAGGACGCAGGGCCAAUCCAAAAUGGAAAGAGUGCAUCGGUGGUAACCACAGCAGCUGCUUCCACCACAGUUUUGUUUUUGUUGUUGUUGUUCAAGGAAUUAUCUUCUAUUCAUUCAAGAUCUGCAGUGUUUCAUACAUGGAUGUCGCCCCCUGGGAAGAAGUGCGACUCUCAGCGGCCCAAGAGCUGGCCAGGACAUUGCACUGUUACAAAUAAGGGAAAGGAAAAGGAGAACAGUAUUAAACACUUUUUGCUCAAACACUACAUGAGGCGAAGGCACCAGGACUGCCGGUCAGGACCCUGCAAGGCUGUGCCUCACUGUUUCACCUGUUACACUAUCUGACAUUGAUGGAUGUGGCUCUGAAUCCAAAAGAAACUCCUGUCUGCCCUCACUUGAGUGUUGGGGACGUCCAGUUUGGUUUGUGGUUUGACUUUAUACCCAAUCAUCUUUUCUUGUCUUGAUCGCUAGAAUUUCAAAACCCUUAACUUGUUUGGUUUGAUUUGGUACUGUGCCAUAAACCUGUUUUGUUUUUGUAUGAACGCUAAGGGCAUGAGUUUGAAUUCUGUUUUAGGAAGAACUACAGAUGUACCUCAUUAUUUUGCAUUUUCAACUAUUUUCCCCCUUACCAUGAAAAACUUGUGCCCUGUAAGUUUUGUUCUGCCUUGAUCACGGACAUUUGAUUAAAAUGCUGCGAUUAUGGUACAUUAUUUAGCUGACACUGAAUAAAAGGAGAUUAAGAAUGAUUGUGUUAUAUCAACCCUCUCUUUAUUCUCUUUCUCAAACGAUCCCCAUAAUGGAAAACAAAAAUGAACUGUGUUGAGUGUAUCUUUGCAAUGGAACAAAAUUAGAACUGUUUAUUUAUAAUUGAUGUAUAAUACGAAGGUUACAUUUCCCCACAAGUUGUUGUUUAUUUCAUAAAAUAUCCUCUGUGUGUUUUUGAUUUGAAUGUGCUUUGGUUUUUGUUUUAUAAUAAUCCAUUUAAAGGGAUAGUUUACCCCUAAAUUAAAAUUCUGUCAUCUUGACUCAUCCUCAAGCCCCUUUUGAUAGUCACAUGGAGAUGGUAGGCAGAAUGUUAUUCUCAGUCACCAUUCACUUUCAUUGCAUCAUUUUCUUCCAUCAAGUUAAGUAGAAUUAUUGAUUUUCUGAUUAAUCACGAUUAGGUUAAUGAUUGAUUAUUUGUCAUUAAUAAUUUGAUCGAUUAAGCUUGUUGAUCGUUGAUGUGUUCAGUAACCUUGCCAGCAGAUAGAGAAAAGACUGUCUAUACAGUCAUCCACCACUAGAAGGCGCACUGCCGAUUGCGUGCUGCAUGUCACGUGCUGUCAGCAACACAGAAGAAACACAGAUGCAUAUCCUUCAGAGUGGGGAGGAAUGUGAUCAUAGAGUGUUUCUCUAUAGAUGAACAUUUAGGUCUACUGCGUAAAUCGUGAUAGUGUAUGAAAUUACGACAUGACAACAAGCAUUGAUCACAUCAGAUCUUGCCGGUUUGAAUUCACAACCAGCCUGAAUGCAUUUAAAUACACUAAACUGAAAAUAUGUUAAGAGGAAAAUACUAAUUCUCGCAUUAUAUAAGUGUAUUUAUUUAAAUAUUUAAAGAGUAGGCUACAUGCACAUACCUAACUUCAGUGGCUGUUUUCAUGUUUUCACGUAUCCUUCUACAGUAAGGAAUUUUUCUCAGAUGCAGUGCUGAUGUUUUUAAGUUUGCAUUAGAACGGUUGGUCAGUCAAAAAGCUUACUUUGUAUAAAAGCUUUGAUGAGGAAAAAUAUUCGUCUUCUAUUUUUUUAAUUUUUUUUUUAUUCAUUUAUUUUAUUUUUUAGUUUUAAGCCAUUCACCACUUAGUUUAUUAUUGUUAUUGUUAAUGAUUAAUCAAUUUUCAUUAAUUACCAUUAACGAUUGUCCAUUAAGAAAAUUUCUUAAAAUUUGCAUCCCUAAUCACGGUCUUCAUUUGAAUGAUCCAUUCUUAAAAUCCCAAGAUCAGUCUUUUACUCUUUGCAUAACCCUCUACAAUGCAAGUAAAUCACUUGUAUAUGUGACCAAAUUUUGUAAAAAUGUCUGUGAUGAGCCACUGGCUGACAAAUAUCACUAUAUUAGAGGCUUCCCGAUAGUGAGUUUUGCCAAUACCAGUAACUAAGGUGGUGGAAAAGGCUGAUAACUGAUUAAUCAACUGAAAGUUUUUAGAAAUCGAGUUAUUAAAUAUUAAAACAUCUUAUAAAUACACAGACGCAAAGGCUACAAGAGUCCGAAAUGAGUAAAAUCCCAGAUGUGCGCUUGUUGUGCAUCCAAAAUCACAAUAAUAACCAGAAAAAAAAAAAUGAAGAUUUGGUGCAUAACAGUAAACAAGCCCGGAAUACACCGGGGACUCUUAUUUUGAAAUGUUUGUGCUUCUGGUUCACACAAACACACAAGGGAAACAAAACUCUACAACAUAUUACAAUAGAAUCACCAUAAAAUAAACAUUGUCAUAUGGGUUAAUACUGUGAGCAGUAGUAUAUACUGUAUACAGUAGGUCGACAUUCAUCAAUAGUAGAUCAUCAGUGAUCGCUUGUCAAUUGUCAUGUGUCUUUUUUUUAUAACAUUUUGCUUUAAUAAUCAUGAUUAAUUUUAUUUUUUUAAUUACAAGGCCACAAUCAGCAUUGGUUUUUGCCGAUAAUCGUUAGUUCCAAAUGCAACUAUCGGCACCGAUUAAUCUGUAAAACCAAUUUGUUGGUUGACCUCUACACUAUUUAUAGUUACAUUUUAAUUUUUUAUAUGUAAUGUGAUAUAUUCUUAUUCAAGACAUAUUUAUAGAUUAAAAAAAUUUAGAAAGCAAACAUUAUGUAAAACUAAUGAUAAAAUUAGUAAAAUUCAUAUUUUCGUAAUGUAAGUUAGAAGGCCCCCUGGAUAAUUGACUGCAGUAGCUGAGAGAGAAUUUCUUUCGUUCAUAAGCAAAAUGGACAUUAUAACGGAAAGAUACCCAAAUGAAUCGGAAUUGAAUCGGAAAAUCUGUAUCAAUACUAGAGGCAGACCGAUAUAUCGGUUUUACCCAUAAAUCGGUGCUGAUAGUUGCUUUUUGUAACUAUCGUUAUCAGCUAAAUCUAUGGCGAUAGUUGCCGAUAGUUUUUUCAUCAUUUUGUCAUGUCAUUCAGUGUGUUUUAGGCUUCUUUAUACUUAAAAGUCCUGCGUUAUGCGCCAGAUCUUAAUUUUGGGAUUUUGGUUGAACAAUAAACUGCAUGUGGGAUUUUAUUUAUUUAGGACUCAUUGUCUGUGCCCAUAAUAGUAAGUUAAAUCGAUCGGCUGAUUAUUCGGUUAUCUGCCUUUCCCACCACCUUGGUUAUCGGUAUCUGCAAAAUCCACUGUCCACUCCUAAAUGAAAGUGAAUGGUGACUAAGACUGUCAUUCUGCUUAAUAUCUCCCUGCUUGUUCAGUCAGUCAGUCAUAUGGGUUUUCUGUGAGGGCAAGUAAAUGAUGACAGAAUUUUCAUUUUUGGGUGAACUAUUCCUUCAAGAAAGGUCAUGUUCUCAGCCACCUUCUUUACUAAAUUAAUUUCAUCAAUGCUUUGGAAGACUGCACUUUCCUUGGAUAAUGUUAGUUAUAUGGACAGCAAAAAGAUACAAGUAUAUUUAUUCAAAUUGUAGAUGAUUCUCAUGAAUGUAUGGGGCAAAAGCAUAUUCUCUUGGACUGAAUAAUUAUAAAAGAUGUGUUUAUAAUAGAAAUAACUCAAAAAAAGACUAAUUGAACUCUCCAAUAAGCAUUCAGGCAAGAGUUGUACAAUUGCUUUUGGCAAAGGUGCGUCACUCCUCGUAGCACUGGGACCUAAAUUAAUGUGAACUGUGAGAACAUUGGUUGGCCGCAGUGGAAGAUGUGGCCUCCACCCUAAAGACUGCUCCUGCUUUGGAUAUGUUUUUUUUUUUUUUAAACCCAUCAUAAAAUUGGAAAAAGUGACAUUUGCUUAUAUGGUAAUAAAAGCUAUUAAAAAGGGAAGGAUGCAAAUAUAUGAGUGACAGUAUUAUUUAUCUUAGGAUGUUAGUGGUCCUUGUGCACAGUUACUGUUAACAGAUUCAUAUUUCUGGCAAGACAGCUGUUUUCUCUGCUUCUCUUUGUUUCGAUAUCUCACUGUAUACAAUAAAAGGCAUAAAAG